AGGCAACAUCGCGCGAUUGUCAGUCGUGCGAGGCGCGUGAGAGGGGCUGGAGACGACCUGCUUGCACACGCACACGCACGCACACGCACGCACACGUAGGAUUGGUCUAGGAGCUAGUAGUGUGUGUGUGUGGGGGUUUGAUGGUGACCCACCAUGGAGGACGACGUCAUCAUCCCCGACGACUUCGAGGAGGAAGAUCUCCUGACGCAGAUGAACUGGCCAGAUCUAGACUUGGUGGACAUAAAGGAUUUGGGAAUAGAUUGGAAUGAAAGUGAUGUUUUGUCUCAAGGAGGGACUGGGAGCAGUAUAAACCAAGCGAGUGUGUCCGCCCCAAGCAACACCUCGACUCCCACUCAUGGUAAUAACAGCUUCAACACAACGCUCAACGGCACCAUCAACAGCUCUAGCUUUCUGUGUAACGGUGAUAGUUUCCUGAACAGCAGUGACUUUCAGGACUCAAAAGUAUCUCCACAGCACCAACAACUGCAACAGCCGCAGCAGCAACAACUAGUGGUAACGUCAGUAAGUGGAGUUCGGCAGGUGGCACACGUUGCUCCCAGAAUUGGUCAGACCUCGAUUAUCAAUGUCCCUCAGACAUUGGUGACUAGUAGUGGAUUGAACCAAGCUCCACAGCUACAACAACUGCUCACCCAUCAACAAAUUGGUGUUCAUCAGCAACAAAACACGGUUACCCACAUUCAGCCUCGUACACUUCAGUUACACCCCCAACUCCAGCAAGUUAAAAUACCUCAGUCUAUUGGCAAGAGAGUUGUGACCACGGGGAUUUCUCAAGUAAUACAGCAGCCUUCAUUGAUACAACAGCUGGUGAUACCCAAAGCAGAGACACUCACCACCACAUCAUCAGGGCAGUGCAUUACCGUACCGCAUGCUGUCUUGUAUAAGACGGCACCCACCCUUACAACUAUUACGACGCCCAUUCAGAAUUUUGACCAGGCUACAGUUGUCACGGGUAUUCCAGUUAUGUUGGAUUCUGAUCGUGUACCCCUGGCGAGAGUAGUUAGUUCUGCAUCAAAAGCAAUGAUUGUGCCACAGAAGGGUGAGAAGCGAAAUUCCCACAAUGCUAUUGAGAAGCGUUAUAGAAGUUCCAUUAACGACAAGAUUUUGGAGCUCAAGAAUCUAGUUGCAGGUGAAGAGGCAAAGCUUCACAAAUCUCAAAUUUUGAAAAAGGCAAUUGAUUACGUAAGGUACCUGCAGACUCAGAAUGCUAGGUUAAGGACAGAGCUCAACACGUACCGAAUGCGUGAUGGAAACCAGAAGAUAACUGAUCUCUUAGUAGGGCCCUAUACUCCUCCUCCAUCGGAUAUUUCCUCGCCUGCUAGAUCACCUCUCUCUGAUUCUUCACUGCCUCCAUCACCAAAAUCAACAAAGUUGGAAGUAAAAGAUGAGCAGAUACCAUCACCUGGAACCAGUCCACCAUACAUAACAAUGACUCCGACAAUGGCGGAUUCCUCCCGAUUGCUGCUGUGUGCAAUGAUGUUCACUGUCCUCGUCUUCAACCCCACUGGUUUCUUGAGCACGCAUUUUGCUCCGAGCCAGUCUCUGUCAUACGACGUUCCUGGAAGAACUAUUCUCGAGAUGGAACCCGGAGAAAGCAGCUUUUCCUUCCGAAGCCUUCUGUUUUCUUCAUUUAUGGUGUGGAUGGUUAAUUUUGCCAUCAUCGCUGUAUUUCUUACGAGGAUAUUUGUCUACGGAGAGCCAGUUAUGAGGAGAAAGUCGACCAUAGCUGAACAUUUUUGGCGUCACCGCAAACAGGCAGAUCUCGAUAUGGCCAAGGGUAACUAUAGCAGUGCCUGUCAACAAUAUGGUUUAUCCCUGAUUUCAAUUGGACGGCCCUUACCAAGUACUUUAGUAGAGAAGGUGUUUUCUGUCAUGUGGCAAGGCAUCCGGCAAGUUCUGCAACGCCUCUAUUUGGGGCGUUGGCUUGCCAAGCAUGCUGGUGGUCUUUUUCUAGAGCCGUCAGUUCGUGAAGAAAUUCAGGAAUGUAUGUGCGAGUUUUCACACGUGUAUCAUAGACUGCACAAACUGCAUCUCAUGGGACACGCAUCAGACUCUUCACAUCUCCUUGGUCUCUAUCUAGCCCUGACAGCCAUCAACCUAGCAGAGUGUGGUGGGGUUGCGGGUGGAGACAUGGCAGAAAUGUUGGUAACAUCUGCUCUCAGAGCUAAAGAAUCUCUUCCGGAACGCUGCCGCAUCUUGGCUCGUGUGUUGGUGGCACAGGCAAAACGCAGAUAUUCCGAGACUGACAAGGCUAGUUUUUCGGCUCUUGGCUGGUUGUUUACACCAUCUGGCAAACGAUUCUUUGUUUCACACAAGUGGUCGUAUGAUGCUCAUAGAGAGUCCAUGUUCAGCCAACUUACAGACAAGGCUGAUCCAUUGGCUUAUCUGCUGCUGUUGUAUAGAGAACAUUUACUAGAGCGAGCAAUAACAACCCUGGUGAACCCUGGCAAUAAGGCAGAUGAUGUGUGUGAGGAAAAUGCGCAUCGUCGCACCCAAACUUCGGAUGUAUUAGAAUACAUCCAUCUCUUGAAUGAGACGUACAAUGGCUCUGGAACUUCACUUGGUAUUUUUUGUCGUGAUGAGGUGUGCUGCUGGUGGGGUUCAUUGUUUGAAGUUGUUGCACACUGGCUGCUGGGUGAUGAUGACCAAGCAGAAUCCCUCUACUCCACAGUGGAGAAUGUUCCCGAGGCUCUGAAAAUUUCUGACGAUCCUUUGCCAAUGGCAGUGUUGUAUGCUGCCAGAGCACGACGUCAGCAUGGUCACAGUUCUCCGUCUACGGUCCUCCGUCUAUGUGAGCGUGCUGGCUCUGCACUGAGUGACUCAAUACAUCAGGCUUCGUACAAGCAACCAAACUCAAUGGUCCAGAGUGUUCAACUGAUAGUGGUGGACUGGCUCCUUGGCGUGCGAACCGUCGUGUGGGAGGGGGAGUGUGUUGCCGACUGUGAUACGUUGACAGUAGCACCAGCACACGUGCUUCAGGGAUUCCAACAUGAUUUGGCCUUGCUGCGGAAACUUGUUCAGCAUAUUCCUGGUGUACUUGCUCGGGUAUUCCUACACGAAGCAACUCUGCGAAUGAUGGCUGGUGCCUCACCUGCUAGAACACAACAGUUGCUGGAUAGGUCACUGAGGCAUAGAUCCAACAAGUCAUCUGUGAUUUGUGGAAAAGAUAAGAACCUCAAUGGUUUCACCGGCGAUCGAGAACAUGCUACGGCAUUGAUGUUGGCCUGCAGACACCUUCCAUCGCCUCUUCUUUCUUCUCCAGGUGAACGAGCAGGGAUGCUGGCAGAAGCAGCCAAAACCCUUGAAAAAAUAGGGGAUAAAAGAAGACUUCAAGACUGUUACACUCUUAUGAAGAGCCUUGGUAAUGGAGUGUCUUCAUAUGGUUAAGUGUAAUUAUUUUUCCGUCUAACUUUUAUGUACAGUAUUUUCAGAAUGGAAUAGAGGUAAAAAUAAUCGCUUAUUACUGUUAUCCCGGUAUGAACAUGUAUCUGACAUUUUAAACAUGUUAAAGAACAUUUUCUUAUAUUAGGAAUGAGUUAGGAUUUGUGUUUGGUGGAGAAUUACAUUUAAUGACCAAAGAAAUUAAAUUGUGAAUAAUUGUACCUGUUUCACAUAGUGUUAGGCAUUUGAAUGUAUAUAAUGUAUAUUAUAUUUUUUAACUUUCAA